AUUCUAUUAAAGGGAACAUAAUUAAGCUCGCUAAAGCUCCACAUCCUUUCUCUCCAUCGAUCUUAGUUGUAUCUGUCCAUUACUUUGAUUCAUCAACCCCACCUUAUUCAUCAACCCUUAUGGCGGAUGCUCUUGUUUCUAUCGUGCUGGAGCGAUUGGCUUCAGUCUUGGAACAACAAGUUACACUGGUGGUGGGUGUCGGAAGCGAGGUGGACAACCUAAAAAGCACACUCCAGAGCAUCAGAGCUGUUCUUGCAGACGCAGAGAAGAGACAGUUCAGCGAAGAACUUGUAAAAGUUUGGUUAGAAAGGCUCAAGGACAUCUCCUACCAGAUGGAUGACGUGGUGGAUGGGUGGAACACUGCUCUUCUCAAAUUACAGAUUGCAGCUGAAAACCCUUGCAUCCCUAAGCUCAAGAUAAGUUCCUGCCUUCCCUCCCCUUGUGUUUGCUUCAAACAAGUUCUUUUGCGCUGUGAUAUUGGUAUUAAGAUUAAGGACAUAAGAAAACAACUAGAUGCCAUUGCAAAUGAGAGAAAUCAGUUCAAUUUUGUGUCAAGUAGUACCAUCCAGCAACCACAUAGACGUAUGACCAGUUCUGUAAUUGAUGUAAGCCAGUUCUGCGGUCGGGAUGCAGAUAUAGACGUUAUAAUAGACAAGCUGUUGGGUGGGAGUUGCCAAGAAAGCUCCUCCCUCUACAUCAUCUCCAUAGUUGGGAUGGGAGGGAUCGGCAAAACAACUCUUGCUCAAUUAGCAUACAAUGACGAUAGGGUGAAGGCCUAUUUCCAUGAAAGGAUGUGGGUCUGUGUGUCUGAUCCUUUUGACCCAGUGACGAUUUCUAGGGCUAUUCUUGAAGCCCUCCAGAAAGAGUCUUGUGGUUUCCAUGAGCUGGAAGAUGUACAACAAAAAAUUUGCACACUUAUUGCCGAGAAGAAGUUCCUACUCGUGCUAGAUGAUGUUUGGACUGAAAACUAUGAAUUGUGGGAACAAGUAGAGAGUUCUCUCAAGGGCGGGGCACCGGGAAGUAGAAUUUUGGUGACCACACGAAAAGAUGACGUUUCUACCAUGAUGGGAACCACGUACAAGCACCCCUUACGAGAAUUGUCCGAGGGGCAAUGUUGGUCAUUGUUCAGUAACAUAGCCUUUUGUGGAAGGAGUAGAGAAAAAGUUGAAGAACUAGAAAACAUUGGCAGGAAAAUAGCAGACAAGUGUAGGGGCUUGCCUCUUGCUGCAAAAGUUUUAGGGAGUCUCAUGCGCUUAAAAGAUAAUAAAGAAGAUUGGGAGAGUAUUUUGAAUAAUGAAAUAUGGCAACUUGAUGUGAUUGAGAAACAUCUUUCCACUCCUUUAUUGUUGAGUUAUUAUGAUUUAUCCCCUGCUGUUAAACGCUGCUUCUCAUAUUGUGCUGUCUUCCCAAAAGAUCAAAUCAUUAGUAAAGAUAGAUUGAUCAAGUUGUGGAUGGCAAAUAGCUAUCUCAAUUCUAGAGGAAGCAUAGAGAUGGAGAAAACAGGUGGAGACUACUUUGAAGACUUGGUGUCACGGUCACUUUUCCAAGAUUUUCGUAGAGAUAAUGAGGGCAACAUAAUAUCGUGCAAGAUGCAUGAUAUAGUGCAUGAUCUUGCCCAAUCUUUGACCAAGAAUGAAUGCUUCAUUCUGGAGUUUGAUGAUGAAAAGGAAGUGAGGAUGGCUUCCUCCUUCCAAAAGGCUCGUCAUGCAACCUUAAUUAUCACACCAUGGGCUGGAUUUCCUAGCACUAUCCAUAAUUUGAAAUAUCUGCACACAUUGUUUGUUGGACGUGUGGUCAAUUUGAACACUACUGCUCAACCCCCACCUAAUUUAUUCAAACAUUUGGUAUGCCUUAGGGCAUUAGACUUGAGUGGGCAUCGGUUAAUUGUGGAACUGCCGAGGAACUUGGGGAAAUUGAUACAUCUGAGGUUCCUUAAUCUAUCAAAUAAUUUGAUGCGCGGGGAAUUGCCAGAAACAAUUUGUGAUCUAUAUAAUUUGCAAACUUUAAUUCUUUCAGAUUUGCUCAUAAAACUACCUCAGGGGAUGAGAAAACUAAUUAACCUGAGACAUCUUGAAUGGGAAGGCAGUAGAGUAUUGAUGUUGCCAAAAGGAAUCGGGAGAUUGACCUCACUUCGGACAUUAACUGAGUUUCGUAUAAUUGGUGUAUGCAAAAUAGGAGAACUGAAAAACUUAAACAGCCUCAGGGGAGGUCUUGUGAUAAGUCGGAUAGAUAAUGUGAAAGAUGCAGAGGAGGCUGGCGAAGCAGAAUUGAAGAAUAAGAAACACCUCCAUCAUUUGGAACUAAUGGGUUUUGGGUGGCUUGGCUCAGCUGCCUCAAAAGGUGUGGCUGAAGCUCUACAGCCUCAUCAAAACUUGAAGUCUUUAAAAAUAAGUUAUUACAGUGCUGCCACCGAGUUCCCCAGUUGGAUAGCGGCCUCAUCGCUGGCCCAAUUGAAAAAGCUUCAAAUUAUGCAUUGCGUACAGGUUACAUAUUUGCCUCCAUUGGGGGAACUACCUCUCCUUGAAAGCCUGAUAAUAGAGCAUAUGAAGAGACUGAAAUACGUGGGUGGUGAGUUUUUGGGAUCUUCAACAACUGCAUUCCCAAAGCUGAAGCACCUCCGUUUUAAUGAAAUGGAAGAGUGGGAGAAGUGGGAAGUAAAAGAAGAAGAUGAAGAAGGGAGGUCAGUAAUGCCAUGUCUCCACUCCUUGACCAUAUAUAAAUGCCUCAAGCUGGAAAGCCUGCCCGAGCGCCUGCUCCAGAUAACUCCACUACAGAAAGUGAUUAUCCUCCUCUCUCCUACUCUGCAAGAUCGUUACCAUAAGGUGAGAGGGAAUGAUCGGUCCAAAAUAUCUCACAUCCGAGAGGUUUGGUGUUAACCACCGAUGAUGACAUCGCUCCAGAGUGUGCAAGCCUGACUCCCCCAGUCCAAAAGAGCGCAUCUCAUGCUGGAAGAAGUCUACUAUCAUGCUCCCAAGAGAUCAGACAAAUAAUUUUUUUUUUAUCAUUCCACUGAAUUUUCUGAUGAACAAAUUAUGAUCCAUGUGUACUAUAAUAUCCAAAUUCCUUCUACCGCUUCUCCAUAGUUUCCGUUGUAAUAAACUCAUUGCCUGUUAUCAGGUUUUGAUCAUGAAA